UGAAAGAGCUCCACAAGGCAUCGACACCACCAGAACACCAUUAGGAUUAAACAACAGCAGAUUCUAAUGCUCGGAGAUGCAGGUACAUUGAGAGCUCUCGUCUGUUCGGUCUUUUGUUCCUGAGGGUGUGAAGAGCAACACAUUUAACUAUGGGACACUGGGUCAGCACUCAUUUAGGGAGCUUUACUGAAGAACAUGUUUUGAACACAGUAUUACAUUGAGACUGGACCAGCACAUUAUUGCCCUGAUCUAGAGCCAGUCUUACACAUGGAUCAAGAGGAGAAGAAGUGGACUAUGCAGUCUGAAUCAGAACAAGAAGACUCGUUUGACUUCCUCUUCAAAAUUAUUCUCAUUGGAGAUUCUAACGUGGGGAAAACCUGUGUGGUCCAGAGCUUCACGACUGGAAACUUUUCAGAGAAGCAGCAGAACACUAUUGGAGUUGACUUCACUGUCCGAACACUGAACGUUGAGGGUAAAAGAGUAAAGAUGCAGGUGUGGGACACGGCCGGACAGGAGCGUUUCCGCACCAUCACACAGAGUUACUAUCGCAGUGCACAUGGAGCCAUGAUCGCCUAUGACAUCACACGGAGAGACACGUUUGAUUCGGUCCCGCGGUGGAUACAUGAGGUUAAUCAGUUUGGAGCUGCAAAUGUACUCCUGGCUCUAAUAGGUAAUAAAAGUGACCUGGAGUCCAAGCGAGAUGUUGAUUUCGAGGAUGCGUGUAAACUAGCAGAAGAAGAAGGCAUGUUAGCAGCGUUGGAGACCUCAGCUAAACGGGCUCAGAGCAUACAGGACGUGUUUGUAAUGAUGGCGCGAGAACUGCUGCUACGACACAGGAUGAACACGAAACAGGACGAUUUCUGUAACGACUCCCCACAAAUCAUACUGCCAACCAACUCACGAGCCAUUCACAAUACUCCAUUUCCGCACAAGAAAACGACCUGUGAAUGCUGAUACACAAUAAACACAAGUGCCGUAACUUGCAUCUUACGGGCCGCAGUGCAAAGAAGCUGUCGGGGCACUCCUGGCGUCCUGAGCCGUUUAUAGUCACCAGUCAUUUUUGUUGACCAUUGCGGGCGCUGCCCUCCCUGUGUUACGCCCUUAAUAAACACUAUAUGACAUCUGACCCAUCAGAGGACUGGAGACUGUCUCACUACUUCUUUGAGUUGCUUUGGAGAAAAUCUUGUGUUACAGGAACCAAUUAAAUCUUAAACCGUCUGGUGAGAAGCGUAUUUUAUAUAAAACAAGACGGGACAGGUGCAUCAAUAUUCACAUAAAGGGGAUCACGCAUACAUGGUCUUUCAAAUAUUUUUGGCAAAGAAUUAGAUAAAGUUGAUGCAACUAACUGGUGGCACUUCCCCAAACUCAUAUGCUUGCAAAUGUACUCAAUUAUUAGUCCGUAAGGUUGUGCUAGUUUGCAAGCAAAUGCUGGUUUAUAGUUAUUAAUAGCUCAACUUUAGGUUAAAGUAAUUAAUAAUAAUACAGUUCUGAUAAAUUAAACUCAACAUUUCAUCGUUUGAUCUCAUAAGUAGGGCUGCAUGCCGAGCUUGACAGACGCACUCAAAAUCAUAUUAAUCCUGUAGAAAGUGGUCAACUCAAAUGCUGUUAUUCCUUUGCUGUCAAUUUUAAACAAUGCCACAAGAAUCAUAAAGACAGUAUGUCACCUAGAUUUUCUUGAGUCACACACCUCGUCUGCACAUGCGCUGAACCCUGACUGACCUAAAGAAGUCACAACGCAGUUGUAGUGCGCAUGCGUCAAACACAUUCAGAAAAGUAUACUCACAAAGGCAACACAGUCGACCGGGCAUGAGGCGAUCUGGUACGCUCAACA